GUCGGCAAUUUGAAUAUUGUGAGCUUGAAGUAAAAGAGGCAGACUGGGAACUAAAACUUGCACUUUUCAAUAUGGCGGACAGCUGUGGAUGAAAUCCUGUUGUAAACAUUUGAUUUAAUUCUUUGUGAAACGAAAUUUAGAAUAACACUGAGAUGGAUGAACUGGUAACAGAUCUUAGCAGUGCACUUGACAGAACGAAUGAUCCACCCUCGGCGCAUUCUGACACAACGAUCGGAACGAGAGAGUCGCCAUCAGCGACUCCCGUUCGGAAAGCACCACGGAAAAGGCGAGGAAGAAAACGUCGAUCGGAUUAUCCGCCGUUCCGUGAUCGUCCAAAAGUAAGUGCUGAAAGCAAUGAUUCUGUAGAAGAAGCCUUGAUGGAUUAUAUUGAAAACAUAUCCAUGUGCCAAAGCGAUUCUGAGGAAGAAACAUCGUUUACGAAACGUCUGUUGAAAGUACAACUUCAUGGUCGCGAAAAUCCAGAUCCUUAUCCUGUGCAGGAAAAGGAGAAAGGAGAGAGUGACUCUGUGAGCGAUCCUCUAGUAGGGUUUACGAAACGUAGAAAGAAAAGAAAGAGGAAACUGAAAAGGGUUUCGGCUGCUCAAUCGUUGAACGAUCGGGAUUCUCCGUUAGGUUUACUCGGAAAUAAUUUGAAAUCUCUCAGUAGGACAAGGAAACGCAAAGUGUGCGGAAAAUCUGCCAUGGGAAGCGAAAUACAUAACAGUCUCAAAAGACGCGACGAAGAAGGUAGCUUAGCUGAUAUUGAAAAUGGUUUGAGUAGUGGAUGUGGGGAACCCAUGGAGACCAAUAUUUCCUCUAAUCAUUUCUACAAGCUACCUUCCAAAUUGCACGCUAACGCUCAGUUUGCCAAACCUAAAGACCAAUCUUUGCCACAUGCAUCGUCGUGGGUAGACCUUCAAGAUGGCGAAGAAAGAAUGAUGAUCAUAGCGCCGGAUCGGCGUAAAACUGAAUCAUAUGAAUCCUCUGGAGAGAGUGAUCUUGAGGGGUUUUUCACAAACGAUGAAGGUCGACUUGGAGACGAUGAAAAAGAGGAAAGCUCGUUUGAAUGUGACGUAAGGAUUAAUCCGUGGUGGGACGAGAAAGGUGCUAGUGACAUGGAAGAAGAAAAGUUCCAGAACAUUGUAAAUGGAGUCAUGGCUGAAUACAGAAGGCCCUAUUUGGCUGGUGCCGAAGGAAAGUUUGGCUUGGGUAUGUUAAGAAUCAGCUCAAUACUUAUAUUAGCUCAUGUCUCACACACAUGUACCACUUGUAAACAAAGGUAUCUCUUUUGCAUAUAAAGACUCUUUUUAAUUUUGUGGAGAACUCGGGGGAAAAAAAAAAAACAACCUUCUGACUAAUGAGGAGAACCUCCUCAAGUCCUAGAAUCAAACCUGAACUGUGAGUCUGAGAGAGAAAAUGUUCUCAUUACCUUCACCACUUCUCCCUUCCUGUUUUAACCUUUAACUCCUGUAAGUGAUUACUGUGUAACUUCUCCCAAUAACAAGUGAAAAAUUUUGUUGCAACAGUGCCUGUAUUAGGCACAAUUUCACGCCCUAAAUAUCCAUAUACUUUACAGCUAACAGGUAGUGAAAAUACUCAAACUCAUCAGGUACAAUUUAUUACCUUGAUUGAACACCUAAUUCUCAUUAUCAAUUAACAAGGAAAUGUGUAGUAGCUAGAGGGGAGAAUUGAAAAUUGAAUCUUGGGAGUUAAAGGGUUAACAAUGUUCUCUGGAGAUUUUGUAGUUGCUAGUUACAAAAAACAUUGAUCAACAAAGGUAACAUGUACUGGUAAACUCGUUUCAGAUUAAGACAUGUAUUUUACUGCUUAUCUAAUUUACAAAGCUAAUUUUAGUAAAUGAGGGGCUGUCUGGAGGAGACUGGUUUAGGUAUCAAAAUGUGGCUAACACUUACAGACUCUGAUAACGUACAAUUUGCUUUUUGGAUCAACAGGUCUUCAAGGGAGAUUAAAGAAAAAUUCUAAGGCACCUGGACAGGUAUAGAGUCUUGUUCUUGUUUAAAGUGCUCUUAACCCCUUAACUCCCAAGAUCUCAUUAGUAAUUCUCCUUACUGUCCGCUAUAUAGUUCUUGUGAUGUUAGUUUGGAGAAUUUGGCAUUGGAUCAACUUAUAAUCCCUUAAUUAAGAUUCUUCUUUAUUCUCAUCACUUGUCUGCUUGAUAUUGUAUUGAUAUUGUAAGGAGAAGUUUGGUCGUGGUCACUCAUGGGAGCUAAAGGGUUACAUGGAAUGAUAUAAAACUAAAAUGUGUAUAAUUUAUAUGUUCAUUCUUAUGUUACAUAUAGACUACAGCAGAAAAGAGCUUAUUCAAAAAUGAUGUGAAUUUUAUCUUUCUUUUAUAAUUAUUGUGGCAAUUUUCCCUCUUUGCCCCAAAUGGAUCUUCAUAAUUCAAAUGAAUCCUAGCUUUAAACAAGACAACAAGAGCCAAAAAAACAUGAAGACAGAGAAAUAAAAAGGAAACCUCCAUUUCAGAAUACAGUUGAACCUGUAUUAAGCAGUCACCCAUGGGGAAUGGUGUGCUUGCUGCCUAAUACAGGUGGACUGCUUAAUAAAGGCUCUACAGAAUUGGGUUCCUAUGAAAAAACAACACAAAAGGCCAUUUUAUGCUUUAAUUGACCAGAGCUUACACAUCAUAUUAGGCAGGUGAUAAACAAUCACUUCCUGGGACUUUGUUAUGGUUUUUGAUCAAUAUAUCAAUGAGUGAAUUUGAAAUUCCUGUCAUCUCUCAUUAGGAGACUUCUCUGGGGGAGCUGAACAGGAAUAUUGCAGUCUUCAUGCGGAAUGAGAAAUGGAUGGAGUGAGUUUUUUAACAUGUCCAGUAUGUAGUGCAAUUACUUACAUGUAAUGAGUUAUAAUUAUAAAGAUGUGCACACAGUGAUGUUCAAGGCUCCUACACUAUCAUUUUACGAGCACUCCACAUAUUCAAGUGUGAUAUACUGAUAGAUGUAAAGGAAAUAUAAUUAUUGGUAAAAUUUUUUUAACACUGUUUUCUCAUUCUUUUGGAAAUAUAGAUUGUCUGUUUUUCCUUCAAACAAGAUGGAAAGGGCACAGGUAUGUUUAUAAAUGGAAUGUAAAUAUUCAAUGAACUAAUGCUGUGAUGUGAAAUUACAUUAUUAUUUUAAAUUUGUCAGUUCAUACAAUACUGUGAAUUUUUUGAAUAUUGAAAAAUAUUUUAUUUUGUCCUUCUUGAGUCACAUAAUUCGAAACUCUUUCAGCAGUUUGGAAAACGUCUGCAUACUUGUUUGAAUUUAUCACUAUUUUUUAGAUAUAGGUGACUUAGACAACUGUGCCAGGUGUUUUUGACAGUAUUCUACAUAUUGAUAUGUUUUAGUUAUUGCUAAAAAGCAUAACCCUUUGACUUGUAAGAGUGAUUAGCCUCUAAUUUUUCCUUACAACGAGAGUGACUAGCAUCUAAUUUUUCCUGACAAUAUCACCCCCAAAUGUAACACUACCUUAAAGGUCACUGGAAGCUCUUGCUUGUUAAACAAAUGCAGUUUUUAAGGAAAUGUAUAGAGAACAGUAUGGAGACUAUUCCUACUGAUGUAGGGCUGUAAAGGGUUAAAUUUCAAAAGAGUGCAAUAUGGAAAUUUGUACUGCACCUGAUAACCUAUUUAUUCAUUCACAAUACACCAUUUUACAGCUGUGUACUUAGUUGCUACAUGUAAGCCUUUCAUUGGGAGUGUGGCUGAAGGUGACCUUGUUAUGAUAGAGACCAGUAUCUAGUUAGCAUGAUAACAAAGGAAUUAACAUUUGAAAAGCGGCAAUGUUUGUAUCAUAACAAGGUCACUCUUUAGCCUCACUCCUGUUCAAAGGCUUGGCAACCGAGAAUGCAAAUGUAAAAUGGAUUAUUGACCAGUUGGAAACAAGACAUUUUGUCAAGUAUAUUAAUAACAGUUUAUUUCACAAUUUAUUUUCUUUUUCUGCUAGGUAUACCAGUGGGCUUCUUUAUAUUCUCUUCAGUGUCGAUCAGAUCCUGCUCAUAAGGGGAGAGUAUUACUUUGCAAAACAAGGUAGGUUUUUUUUUUCCUCAAAUAUGUUUUAGCCAUGUUAUUUGGUACUUGUAGGGCCCUCAAGUUUUAGGAAUUGAGCAUGAAACUCACACAAAGGAAUUCAAUCCCACCCUCUUUCACUGCAACUGUUGUUUCUCGUGCAUUUAAGGCUUUAGGUUUGAACUGUUAUUUUUGAAUAACAAACUGCUGCUUUAAUGAAGUACCUAUGAAAUAGACUAUCCUUUUAAAAAAUAAUUUACUCCUCAUUCCCUUUUUGCUGGCUUCAAGCACUUUCCAGAAGUGUAAAUUCUCCUUCAGAAUAAAGGAAUUCACAUCUUAGCUACAUAAUUUUUUUACAAUUUUUUUCUAAGGCAGGAGGCCAACAUUCACCCCUCAGGAGUGUGAUGCCUACAGCAUUACAAUUCAAGGCUGAGUGUUUGUCUCCACUAAAGAUCUUUAUGAUAGAUGAGAAGUUUUUGAUCCUGUUUGUGUAGGGAAUGUUAUUUGAGUUGAAAAUAGAAGGAAACUAUAAGGCUGAUUUGACAGAGAAAGAAUUACUUUUCUUUUGAUUUCUGCAUUGUUGAAUCAGCUUAAUGUUGGUAUCUAUGUGCACUGAGUUGUUUUUGUUCUGAAGUUUUUACUGUAUCCUAUCUUUACUUUCUAAUCAACUCUCCCCCCAAGACAUCCCAACAGACCUGGUGCAGAAUCAAAAAGACGCAGAAAAAUGCCUCCCCCAGUUGACGCCCUGCAUUCCACAUGUAAGUGCUACUUUGUCACUUGGGCUCAUUCAGGUUUUUGCUUUUUUAACCCUUUAACUUCCAUGAGUGACCAAGACAGAAUUUCUCCUUACAAUAUCAAUACAAUAUCAACAAGGUAUGUGAUAAGAAUAGAGAAAAAUACCAAUUUGGAGAUAAUAGGUUGAUCCAAUACUAAAUUCUCUGAACUAACAUUAUAAGAAUUGUAUGGUUGACAGUAAGGAGAAUUACAAAUUUGAUCUGAGAGUUAAAGGGUUAAACUUUGUUAUUUUGAUAUCUUUUGCAUAAAUUUGUAUUAGCAAUAGCCAAUACUACAGUGCACCCAAUGCAAAUUAUCUCAGUGAACUGUUUUAGUGGUGAGCAUCUGUCGCCAUUCACUCUUGCAAAAGAUUGUUUCUUUUGAUGGUAUCUAAGAGGUUUCAUCACAAUUUAGUAUGAUUAUACUUUCCCACAUAAUUUUUUUGAACUCAAACUAAACAAAUGGUUACAUUGUCAACUUUGAGGCCCUUUGCCUCUGUGUGUACUCUAUUCUUUGGGGAUUUUGUAAGUUACACUGUACCAAGGGAACAAUAUAACACUUAAAUAAUAGCUGAACCAGGCUAAUGCAUUAGUGUCAAACCAUAAAAAUUUAAUCACAUUGUGGGUUAAGCAGAGAAUCAAUGUUGUUCCAUAAAGAAAUGAUGGGAUGUAAUGCAGUUGUCCUAAGGAAAUGGGAUGCUUCCAGGCUGAAGCUUUGGUGUGUUAAAAUGACUCACCAGUCAUCCUGAAAGCCAGAAAGUCAAUUUGUUAUAGAAAGUGUGUUACAAAAUUUGAACUUUUUUGUAUAUCUGAAGUCAUUAUGGAGGGUUUCUGACUUCUGUUUCCACAGCGACAGUGGGAGUGGAAGCUGAUCCAAUACCUUCAUCAAAUAUUGGGAACCAGAUGUUGCGCGUUAUGGGUUGGACGCCAGGGACUGGACUUGGAGCUGACAGAAGUGGAAUCCAGGACCCUGUGAAGGCAUAUUUGAGACCAAAAGGACUGGGACUAGGCCAUCCAUGGCCUCCGUAAAGUGAACAAGAUCUAAUUUUAUAUGGAGGACAAAUUCAAUUGUUUUUUAAUAACGUUUUCCCGAAGCCCAGUAUGAUUUGAGGGGAACCUUGAAUUUGAGUUUUGGAUGCGUUUUAUGGAAAGAAGUGCAGAAAUUUGACAAUGUAAAUAUGAUUUUAUGGUUAACAUUUAAUAAUUUACGCGUUGUGUUAAUAAAGGUAUCUCGAUUGGCGUCUACAUGUAAUGUCAUCUUCGAGUAAAAAGAUGUUCUUCAACUCACAAGUUUUCUUCCCUUGAAUUUUUUUCAUGGCUGUUCUCUGCCAUCAGAGUGAGCUAGUCAAAUGGGAACAUUCCGUGUUAAGUAUACCAACAGGUUAG